UUUACAACACUAUCUUCUAAAGCGGCUGCGUGCGUCUUGAAACCUGUCUUUAUUUGUUCUUUGACGUGUUCAGAUAUUGUUGAUUUCAAAUUGUCUUGCAUACUGAAAUAAUAUAAAAACAGUUUUAUUUAAAAAGAAAGCAAAAUUUAAAUUAAACUAAUUAAAAUUGACCUUUAAACUUUUUAUAUUAACCUCAAACAAAAAAAAAAAGAUUAACCUUGUUUAUUAAUAUCAAAAACAUGGCUCUAUUCAGAUUUCUAGCGAUUUUCUUAUUAAUAAAUAACAGUUUAACUCAAGACAUUUUCGACACUAACUUAAAAAAUUGUAUUUUAUGUAUUUGCCAUGCAAAAACGAUGUGUUAUGAUUUAAAAAAAUGCGCUGCAUACACAAUAGAUGAAAAAUACUACUUAGAAGCGAAUAAUUUAACAAAAACGCCAAAAAUAAUGGGCGAAUAUAACGAUUGUAUGGAUGAUGAUGAUUGUAUUAUUGAAACGAUUACUAAAUUUGCAAAAAAAAAUCUCAUAGAUUGUUAUUGUGAUGAAUCAAUUGAUUGUAGGGAUUUAUUUAGUCGGCAUUUAUAUCGAAAUCGAUGUCACGUCAUAAAUGGUGGUUCCUUAGAAAGAAGGUUUAAUAACUGCGCAAAGAGAAAAGGCAUGGAAUUAAUCAAUUCAAAUGUGGAUUGUGUUAAUUUUGACGUGGAGCCAUUCAAUAAAUUAACAACAUCUUAUAUGUGGGAACAAGAUUAAGAUUAUCAUAAAAUUAU